AUAUGUUAUACUUAAAUAUAUUACAUAAUCACCAAUUUCUAAUUGCCGUUUGCUAAUUAUCGUAUAAUUUCUAGCUGAACUCGAUCGUCAGUCAACAAUUUCUACAUCAGUUCAAAGAUUUUUUUUUUUGUUCACUAACAAUUAUUUCAGCUUAUAACGGUUAAACGACUUACGCGUUGCUCGCGUUAUAAAUUGUUUUUGGAUAACACACUCUACGAAAUUAACCAUGGCGUCUAAAUUAGUGAAGUUCAACAACGGUCAGUUUUACCCGAUCUUAGGGCUGGGGACUUGGCAGGCGAGUGCUGUUCUCGACGAUUCACAACAAUCUAUGAUUGUCAAUGCUAUUAAGAAUGCAGUGGAAAUUGGCUAUCGUCAUUUUGACUGUGCUGCCAUUUAUAAUAAUGAAAAAUCUGUAGGAAUGGCGAUAAAUGAUAAAAUCGCAGAAGGAGUUAUUACAAGAGACGAAGUAUAUAUUACUAGUAAGCUUUGGAAUAACAAACAUAGACCUGAACUGGUAGAAGAAGCGUUGAAGAAUACUUUGAAUGAUUUAAGUUUGAGCUAUGUAGAUUUAUAUCUUAUUCAUUGGCCAUUUGCAACUAGUGAAGAUCCUAAUGCUACUGAUAGUGAAGGACGAUUAUUAGGUUCUGGUAUAUCUUAUUUAGACACAUGGAAAGCUAUGGAACGCUGUGUUCAAUCAGGGCUUACUAAAUCAAUUGGAGUCUCAAAUUUCAAUAUUAGGCAGUUGAAAGAUAUUUUAGAGAUAGCAACUAUUAAACCAGUUGUUAAUCAGGUAGAAUGCCAUCCCUAUUUAACACAAAAUAAACUUAUGGAGUUCUGUGAAAAUAAUAAUAUUUUUCUAACUGCUUAUGGACCAUUGGGCUCACCCAAGAGGUCAUGGGCAGGACCCGAAGAAGAUGCUAUUUUAGAUGAACCUGUUGUAAAACAGGUUGCUGAAAAAUAUAAGAAAACUAAUGCUCAAAUAUUAAUAAAAUUCCAAAUCCAAAGAGGUAUUAUAGUUAUACCAAAAUCAUCUAAUCCAAAAAGGCAAAAAGAAAAUUUUGAUGUUUGGGAUUUUGAAUUAAGCAAAGAAGAUAUUAAUUCCCUUGAAUCAUUAAAUAAAAAUGCUCGUUAUUUUGAAUUCAAUACAGCAAAGCAUUUAAAAGACUACCCAUUCUUUGAUGAAGCUUAAUCAAGUGCAAAGAUCUUAGUAUUAUUACUGUCAAAUAUAUUUAUCAAAUAUGAGAGUAUGACAUAUGCAUAUAA